CACUCAUCACGUACUGCUCUCUCUUCUAUCUUCAAUCUUCCUCCACAUGGCACUCGAAACCCUUCUCCUUAGGGUUAAGUCCGCCAUCUCCCACAGCUUCGAUGCAGUACGUCACACAUCCUCAACGCCCGCAAAGCCCUCCCGUAAAUCAACAAACGUCGGCGUUUUGGCUUUCGAGAUCGCAGGCCUUAUGUCGAAGCUCCUCCACCUCUGGCAGUCCUUAUCAGACAAGAACAUGAUCCGUCUCCACAACGAGUCCAUAAACCUCGAAGGAGUCCGCAAGAUCGUCUCAAACGACGACGCUUUCCUUCUCAGUCUCGCCUGCGCUGAGCUCGUCGAGAACAUUAGGUUUCUGGCCAAGUCCGUCGCUAGAAUCAGCCACAAAUGCAACGACGCCAAUCUCAGAAGCUUUGAACGUUUGUUCAACGACUUCGCCAACUCGGGAAGAGACCCUUACAACUAUGUCAUCGGAUCGAAAGAGAUGGAAGCAAAGAACAACAAGAAGCUCGACAGGUACGUCAACCUAACCGCGCAGCUGUACAGAGAAAUGGACGAGCUCAACUCACUGGAAAGUUCAUUGAGGAAGGCUUUGAGAAGCGAAGAGUACGACGCGUCCCUGAGCAAAGAGCAAAAGGUGUUGGAUCUUCAGCAGAAGAUAGUGUGGCAGAGACAGGAGAUAAAGUAUCUAAAAGACAGGUCUCUCUGGAACCGAAGCUUCGAGACUGUGACAUGGAUUCUGGCCAGGUCUAUUUUCACUAUUCUUGCAAGGACAAAGGUGGUGUUCGGCAUAGGACAACCUUCUUAUUUGCCUCGUAGCCUCUCAGCCUCGGCCACUGUCCACCCUUCUGAUCAAGAUUUUGAUCAAGAGAGUAGUACUAUUGUUAAAGAUGAUUAUUCUUCCGGUAACGGAUUCUUUGAGUCCAACUCAAAGCUCCUAAAGCCGCCGCCAAGUACUCUAGGCGCGGCCGCUUUAGCGCUUCACUAUGCGAAUUUGAUCAUAGUGAUGGAGAAGAUGAUCAAGUUUCCUCAAAUGGUGGGGGUUGAUGCUAGGGAUGAUCUAUAUACGAUGUUGCCGAGUAGUGUACGGUCGGCGUUACGAGCUCGGUUGAGAGGAGUCGGGUUCUCGGCGAGUGAUCCGGUGCUAGCCGGAGAGUGGAGGGAGGCGUUGGGGAGGAUCCUAGGGUGGUUGUCACCGCUGGCGCAUAAUAUGAUAAAGUGGCAAAGUGAGAGGAGCUUUGAGCAACAAAACAUGGUGCCCAAAACAAAUGUGAUGCUUUUGCAGACUUUGUUUUUUGCAAACAAGGACAAGACGGAAGCAGCCAUAACCGAGUUGCUAGUGGGAUUGAACUAUAUUUGCAGGUUUGAGAGGGAGAUGACAGCGAAGGCAUUGUUUGAGUGCAACAAUUCCAUUAAUGGGUUGAUAAAUCUGCAGAGUUCUAGCGACAAUUAGGGUGAUAAACUUUUUCUUUUUAGAGCGUUUUACAUUUUGGAUUUCAGUUUUGAUUUCUGAAAUUUUAUCAUAUUGUUGAUUUUGAAUUUGAACUGCGUUUCAGAUCAUUGAGAUUUGAGAGGGUUUGUCUUGUAUCCGACCCUUUUCUGUAAAUCAUAAAUAAAUAGAUAUAAAUGUAAAUGAUUUGCUUCUUGAG